CUGAAACAUCGAAAGUAGAUAUUUUAAGGAAAUUCCCGAGUGGAUUUCGCCUUGAUGCAUGAAGGAGAAAGUCUCAUGCCAGUCAGGUCAAUCGUUAAGCAUGGCGGAUGGGAACCAGAAUGAGAACAAUUAUAUUCGGCUGCACCUGCUGGUGAUGAAAGCAGGCGAAGUUUUGCGAGCAAAAUUUGACUCCAUUUUCCCACCUGCUAAACUUGCGUAUCAUCUGAAACUUAAAACACAUGCAGACAUAUUAAAAGAUUUGAAGAAAAGAGGCAUACUUUCAAAAAUACAAUACUCUAAGCUCAAUCAGAACCCAGAUUCUGGAGAGUUUGACACUACUCUUUUAGUGUUACUUCUUAGAAGUGUCUGCAAUUUGGAUCCAAACGAUACCACAUGGGAAAUAAAGGAGAACAAAAAGAUUAUAAACCCCACGCAGCCAGACAUUGCAAGCAUUGUACGGAUACGAAACUUGCGUAACGAGAUGCAACAUGCACCUGUCGCACAAUUAAAAAAUAAUGAUUUUGAAGAUGGUUGGAAUAUACUCAAAGACGCUAUGGUAACGCUUGGGCAGUCAUGCGGCAUGAACACCUUGAUAACUGAAAUAGGCGAAUUAAGGACAAAAUCCCUUGACCUGUUUACUCCUGAGAUGAAGAGUCUCCGAGAAAGUACACUUUGGUUCCUGGAGGAGAAUUGUGAUGAUGACUUUUAUGUCGAAACAGCCCGCUUUAAAGGAGCCAAACGUUUGCUUGAUCAAAAACGAAUCAUCGUGCUGACUGGCCAUCCCGGGGAGGGUAAAACUUCCAUGGCAGCAAGGCUGGCUCUUGCGGAUGGUACAAAGCGAAAAAACUGCCUGAAACUGAAUAAUGCGAGUGAUUGGAACAAGGUUGAUUGGUCUUUACCACUGUUUACAACAGUUAUUGUUGAUGACAUUUUUGGAGGGGGAGCGCUGAAUCAAAAGCUCGUUCAUGAUUGGAUUCCGUAUAUUCCGUUAAUGACAGCAGCAGCCAGAAAGGGACGUUUGAAAGUAAUUAUUACCACUAGACACUUCAUUAAAGAGGAAGCCCUUGCAGAAAUGGACAAAAUAACAAUAUUUAAUGAGAAAGAUGGAAAUGUGUUACUUUUGUCUUCAUUAAAAUUCUUGACUUUCAAAGAAAAGAAAGACAUUUUAGAGUCUAGAGCAAGGAAAAGUCAUUCUGAGAAGAUGCUGUUAGAUAGAGGCAUUAUGUAUGAUGAAUGUGUGAGGAAAGCAGAAGGAGUGAUGAAUUUGCUAGAUGGAAAAAAAGAAGAUCUUGUGUUUGGCUUUCCCCAGUGCGCGACAUUGUUUGUGCAAAGCGAAGAAUUAAUCAGAUUGGGUUCUGAUUUUUUCAGUAAACCUGAAAAACAUUUUAAAACGUUUGUUGAUCAGUUGUACAAAGGUGAAGACGAAACACAAUUCCAAAAGUUCUUAGCAUUGGUGGCAGUUUGGGCAGAGAAAAAGAUGAGGAUAAAAAACCGAGAUUUACUUAAUGCAUUCAUGGUGUCAGAUCACAUAAAACAUGUGGCUGCCAGUUUUGGGAUUCAAAUUAGUAACGGAUUUUUGGAAACAUUAAAAUCUUCCCUGAAAAGCCAUGUUCAGGACCUUUUGCUGUUUAUCGAUCGUUCUGGAGAAUACACAUUCAGUCACAACGUAAACGGAGACAUGGUUGGGGUAGUCCUUGGGCGUCACAAAAUUCUUGAAUGCAUUGCACUCUGCCCGCGGGAUUUCUUAAUGGAACGUGUCACAGUCGCUCAGAAUAACGAUGAACUGCGGGUGUUUGUACCAGAAUGGUGUUAUGGUGAUCUCUGUGAAAAAUUUGCACAAAUGAUUGGUCGCAAGAACUGCAAUUUUGUAAUAAAAGAGCCACCAGCACACGAGUUUCAGCAACUUCAGCGUGAAGGUCCACGCUUUAAUACCGUUGAUGUGAUCAGCGACCUUGACUUCGGAAUACUUAAACACAAUGCGUUUAACGACACAUGUUUUGUCAAGAAGUUUAUCGGUCAUAUCCAAGAUAAACAACUCGAUAAAGAUCUCUUCACUAUUCCUGUGAUGAAAAUGACAGGGUACUUUCUGGACUAUGGAAUCAAAAUGAAAGAAAUGGUCAUGUUUCUCCCAGGAUACACACUGUACAGAGGGCUAAGCGUUUUGGCAAAAGAGAUGAUUGAGCAGGAGGUUUUUCCAAAGGACCAAGUCGACCCACUUCUGUUGGCAACACACUCUGGAGAUAUUGAAAUGAUGAAAUUACUACUGAGCCAUGGUGCCAAAGUGUCGGGCGAUACGAUUUAUGUCGCAAUGCACGCGAAGGGAAAGGUGUUUGAAGCUGAAAAGGUUCUUGAAACAAUAGUGGAGUUCGUGGGAAUUGAUAUAAAUGACAAAGGAAAUGCUGUAAACGGAAACUAUCCUUUGAUAGUUGCAGCAAGAAAGGGUUUCUCAAAUGCAGUAAAAUGCCUGUUGGAACAUGGUGCUGACCCCAAGGUGAAAAAUGAUAAAAAGUUAACAGCAUUGCACAGAGCGGUUAUCAAUCAGCACGCCGAUAUUAUACAGCUUCUUAUUGAUCAUGAUGCCCCUGUGAACGAAAAGGGUGGAAAAUUUAAGAGAUCACCCCUGCAUAUCGCCGCAGACCUUGGCAUGUCUGAGAUCGUCGAAACAUUUCUAAAGUGCAGAAAUGUCAACAUAAAGAUCAAAGACCAUCGUGGACAUUAUCCGAUUUUUCUUGCAGCGAUCAGGGGUUAUUGUAAAACAGUCAGGGUCUUUUUGAAGCAUGACAAAAGUCAGGAUAGUCUAAGGAUUGCAUCUUAUGGAAAGGGAUCGUUCAUCAAGGGCAUGUCACUGUUUCAUGUUGCAGUUUGGAAGAACAACAGACAACUGAUCGAGAUGCUUAUUGACGAGAGGGCAAAUCCAAAUGUGAAAGAUUUCUAUGGAAGAACCCCACUCGUCUAUGCCAUUAUAACCGACAAGAAAACUGCAACGCGCAUGUUAUUGCAAUAUUCGGACAAAACAAUUGCUGACAAACAAGGAAACACACCAUUACACGCCGCAAUCCAUAAAGGAAAUAUCAAAGUGGUAGCAAAACUUGUUACUGAAGUAAACGUCAACUCAGUUGAUAAGUACGGCAGAACACCGUUGCAUGUUGCAUGCGAAAAAGCAGAUGUAGAUACCGCACAUAUGUUGCUGAACGAAUGCGAUGCAGAUCCGCUUAUGGUAACAAAAAGGGGAGAUACGGUCUUCCAUAUUCUAAGACCAAAACAUGAAAACAAAAGUCACGAUGAACAAUUAAGGCGGCGUUUUAUUGAGAUGCUUUUGCUUGAGAAAGACCCAGCGAUUUUUAAUCGUGUACGCAAUAUGCCAAACAGAAGAGGAGUUUUAAUUACGGACAUUGCGACGUUGCAAGAGGCGGAUGAGAGAGAAAUCAGGAGAUUGAGGCAAGGAAUAAUAACUGACUUUGGCGAAAUGAGCGAUGAUGAUGAUGUUUAUGAUAAUGGGGGUGGUAGUGGUAGUUGUGGUGGUGGUGAUGAUGAUGAUGAUGAUAAUGAUGAUGAUGAUGAUGAUGAUGAUUGGCUUUGAGUAAGAGUUUGUUACCGACUUAUAUCAGUUAACCUAUAUUUAUGUGAAAACUACAGAAACUACAGAAACAAGCCCAGUUGCCAAAAGUUAAAACAUAAACCCCGUUUAAUGGCACAAGGUAAACGCCAACAUAAAAUAAAAGGACAAAAAGUUAUGUUAUGUAAGGACGCUAUAUUCAACCUUAUAUUUUGUUUGAGGAAUUCAUCUCCAAAACCUAGAAGGCAAGUACUCUUCAAAGUAUAGCCUAUGUCCGGAGAGGUAAUGCACAAGUAGUUUUCUUUUCCUGUACGUUUUUCUAUAAUUGCUAAUUUAAAACUGCUUCAUCUAUAUUUAAAUUUUGUGUUGAUAACUUUAAUCCGUAUUGGAGAUAAUUCAUUAUAAUAAAUAGCGUACGACAAAACAUGAUUGUUCGAACACCUGUAAAUUUAAAUACUUGCUGAUAGAUCAUCAGAAAUUCAUGAUCUCAAACUUCAAAUCACAUACUUUUUUUAAGAGUCUACAUCCCUACGAUUAAAUGUGCGAAGAAAUAUGACACAUGAAUGAGCUGCAAGUUAGCUGUUCAUCUUCUAUUUAAACCUUUUCUUUGUAAAUGUCUUGUUAUCUAACAUUAAAAGUACGUGAAUGAACUAUCCGGUCAAACAUCUCACUAGUUUGUAUAACAAUGGAUACUAUGUAUUUCGUCGCGCUUCCCGAGGAUACUGUUUAUAUGAUCACAUUAUACAUAGUUUGUUUAAUGAAGGCCAAAUGCCUGACAUUGCGCAUAAUUUUAACAUUGUGCAUAUUAGUCGGGAACUAAAGUGUAUCUGUUUCCUGAAAGAGUACUAAUUGUAACAUGUGUACAGCGUUUUUUCUCUAUUCUCAAUGAACGUUAAGACCAUUUUUUAUGUUUACGGUUAACCGUAUAAUUAUAUUCUACUCCAUUUCACGCUACUGUGUUUUUUAAGAAAACAGUCGAGUUAUUGUCGUAGUCUUGGUGUCGUCGGUUUAACUUGGCUGUAACUAAACAAUAGUUCUGAAAAUCAACAUAUUCGAUUGUACACAUGUUCGCGGUGGCAAUAUGCACAUACUGAGCAAGGUCCAUUACUCUGACUUAAAUAAAUGUGCGCCAUGAUAGUAUGAACUCAGGCAAUAACUAAUUUGGCCGUAAUUUAAUAAACGUUCGAGAUAUUCGUAUGACGUAUUGUACACAUGUUAUAUGUGUAUAUGUAGCAAGGCCCAUAACUCUGCCGUUACGAAUUGUCAACAAAUGCCCAUUAAUCGACUAUAACCAACAACUAACGGGCGUUGGCGUUACGUCUUCGGCGCUUUUUUGGUUGUUUUGCAUAUUAAGUAGAAUUGUGCUUUAAGUUGUAAUUUUCAUAUUUGUAAAGUUUUCAUUUUGUAAUGAUUUUUUUUACUUUUAAAGAUUUUACCAUUGUAUUAUAAAUGUGGUUUUUAUAAUAUAUGUUUGGUAGAUAACCGCUGUUUGCAUUUGUAUCAUUUAUCAGAAUUAAAAACAAAAUCAAAAUGAUAUAAGUGCAAUUUAACA